GUCCAAGUAAGAUUUACAUUAACUCACCCAGCCUGUUCAAAAUCGUAUUCAGGAAAACCCAAAUUUCUGUAGCGAAUUCAGAUCUUCAAAAGUGGCGGGACUUCUUUAAUUGCCUCGAAGAUUUCUUUUCAAACUCAGUUUUCGCUCUCCAUUUUUUCCCGCCGGAACGGAAGAAUAUCUAGAACAAAUAACACCCGCCAAUCGGGAAAUGCAACCCCUGCUUCCUCCCUAGCGUCUUCCAACUCCUCAAAGCCCAACCCCAUUUGUUCAACAGAUCAUUUCCACGAAACACCACCAUUUGUUGCCUGUUUCUUAAUCUGGGUUUCGAAGAUUUUGAUCUGAACUGAACUGCAACCACUUAAUGGGGAGCAAGAAAAGGGUUGUUGCUGAUAACAACGAGCACAGAGCCAAACGGACCAAGUCUCCUGGAGUUCGAGUCAUCGGGGGCCGGAUCUACGAUUCUGAGAACGGAAAAACUUGUCAUCAAUGCCGACAAAAAACUAUGGAUCUUGCUGCAUCCUGUACGAACAUGAAGGGGGACAAGCUGUGCACCAUAAAAUUCUGUCAUAAAUGCCUUAUAAACAGAUAUGGGGAGAAAGCAGAAGAGGUGAUGCUUAAGGGAGGCUGGAAAUGUCCCAGAUGCAGAGGGCUUUGCAAUUGCAGCGUUUGCAUGAAGAAAAAAGGUCUUAAGCCGACUGGUUUGUUAGUACACACAGCCAAAGCAACUGGGUAUUCUUCUGUCUCAGAAAUGCUUUUAGUGAAUGGUUCUGAGUGUCUAGAUCAUGCUAAGGAUACGGCAUUCGAAGUUGCUUCACCCAACAAGCACGCCUCUGAAGACGAGGUGUCUGUCAUGAUUUCAACAAGGAACGAAGGGAAGGAAAAUUCUUUAAAUGGAAAUAACAAAUCGAACUUGAAUUUGCAGAAUCAAACUCCAAACUCUGAAAAAAAGGAGUUGAAGGACAUGAAGCGUCAAGGACUGAAAGAAAUAAGCAAUGGAAAUAAGGUUGAUGUUAAAUGCAUAGAGGAAACUCUUAAGAAGCAAACUGAAGCAAAUGGGACGAAUGAAUGUCUUUCCACGAAGAAAAAGAGCUCCAAAAAACGAGCCUCUGAGGAUGCUGGAGAAAGGAAUAGUUUGUGUCAUGAGGACGCUUCUUGCCAUCUAAUUACAGCUGAAGAAUCGAAAGAAGUAAAUGAUUUGGAUAUUCACAAAUAUGCCAAGACAUCAGAAGAUGCAAAAAAUAAAAGAACAAAGUUGAAAAACAAGCCACCUAUGAAUAUUCAGAACAAGGAAUUUGGUGCCUGUGUUUCUUUGCCUCCAUGUUCUAAGUUAACUACUGUAGCAGAUAUUGAACUGACCACAGAAGAUGUUGGCCAUGCGUUGCAGUUUUUAGAAUUCUGUGCAGCUUUUGGUAAGGCUCUUAAUUUAAAGAAAGGGCAUGGUGCGUUAGUACUCAAAGACCUAACGCGGGAGAGAACUCCGAGAAGGGGGGGUCGAGUUCAUGAUUCACUGACUGUUCGAUUUCAUAUUCAACUCCUUUCUCUGAUAUUGCAGGAUAUGGAUGAAGAGUCUGCAAUCUCUAGUCCCACAAAUGACACAAGCUCAUGGUUGCUGGAUUUGAAGAAAUGCAUUUCUGCAUCCUCAUUUAAGAUGAAUGAUCUCAAACCUGAUUACUUUGGUGGAGGAGACAAUUGUUAUGAUGACUUAGACUUCUCUAAAAAGCUCAGACUAUUGACUUACCUUUGUGAUGAGGCUCUCAAUACUACAAAAUUGAGAAACUGGAUUGAAGAACAAAAUGCUAACUUUGUGGAGAAACAAAAGGAAGUAAGAGAAAAACUUUCUGCGCUGAAGGAUAAGGAGAAAGAGGCUAAGAACAAAUUGAAAGAUGAAUUUGCCAAAGCUCUUAUUGCCAAGAAUGGUCUUCCCCUUUCGAUUGCCGAGCAUGAUGCUAUUGUUGCGCAAAUAAAAAGAGACGUCGCUGAAGUUCAAGCUGAGAAGCUUGUUGCAUUGGAAUUGGCAUCUAACAAGAAACAAAGAUCAGAAGCGACCAGGACAGUUCCCAUCAUUUUGGAUGUUAAUGGUCGUGUCUUUUGGAAAUUAAGAGGCUUUGCUGGCGAAGGGAACAUUCUGCUACAAGAUAUGGAAAGCUGGGAAUCAGUCAAUCCAAGCGAAAAGUGGUCUAUGUUUAAAGACGAGCAGAAACAAGAGAUAGAAAAAUACAUUUCUUCUUUAAGGUUGAAGAGGCCUCCUAGGUUGGUGGAAGUACCUCAAACUCUUCCAGAUGGAGGUAUUGAGGCAGCUUCAGUGUGUUGAAAUUUGGCAUCUGUUUUUUGUUUUAGGAGCAGAUUGCCUAAGCAAAUGACUUGAAAGAAGAUUUAGUUUCCAUUUACUUAUGUUCUAAGAUGGGAUAUAUCCAUUUCCUCUAUUUUGUAACUUGAGACGAGCUUUUACUUAACAGCUACUUUAGCAAAAAAAAAAAAAA